GGUCCCAAGUGUCCCCUCUCCCCCGGCCUGCCCGCAGGAUCUGCCAGAACUUAGAGCAGUUGCCCACAGCGCACGAGACUUUCCCCCGCCCGCCAGCCUGCACUUCCCCGAGUCCCCCGCCCGCCGCGGCACGGCCGGGCGCACAGACCUCUCUCCGGGGCCGCCGGCAGCUUCGCGCCCGGGAGGUCCUCCUCGUCGUCCUCGUCCUCGUCCUGCGUCGUCGCUUCUGUGGACAGGUCCUCCGUUUCCGACGCCUGCCAGGAGCCGCGGCACUUGGCCCAGGCCUUCCUCCUGCGACUCGCCACUUGCCACUCCAGUUCCUCCUCCGCCUCCGCCGACGCCACCAGGGGCCGGUCCAUGGCCGCACCGGGAGCUCCGCUGCCCUAGUCGGAGCCUGCUUGAGACACGAAAAAAUGUGGAAAGGCCAACUGCCCGUCUUCACCGCGUCAAAACAAAUGUCUGGUUGGGCUCGCCGAGUUACUAUUGUUGGCGAAGUCCAAGGAAUUGAGGAUGAAGAUGAAAGAAAAAAGCCUCCUAAUUGGUAUUUGUCAAAAUGUCAAACCUGGAAAAGACCAAACUUCGUGAAGUGCUACUUUCGUGCCUUAAGAAAGUUAUUUAUCGUGGUUGUGUUAUUACACACCAGAGAGAGAAGCAGGUGUUUAUACCACUGGAACUUUGCCUUGCAGAUUAUUUACAAAAUCUUGCUCCUUCAUGCCCAUCUCAGAACAAACACAAUCUGCAUUCAGAACAGGACCGUUUACAAGUUCAAUGGAGUUAUUUUGGAUAUGACUCAUUGCUCUUGGUGUAAUCCCCAAGGACCAGAGAAGCUCUACUUUAAAGCAACAUCAAUACCUCUGGAAAUUUUAUUGGCUCUGCCUUCAAAAUAUAUUCAGAAUUUAGGAAGUUCUUCAGGCAAAAGGAAUAUAAGACCAACCAUAAAACUUGGAUCUACAUCAAGAAAUGAAGAGCAUUGGAAAUGGAAUCAAGCAAGGCUGGCAAUGAAUGAUUCAAGUAAAUCACUGGAUGCCUUUAUCUCUGGAUCAAUAUCAAGUUCAACUGAAGAGCCAUAAAGAUAAGCACUAUCAACUUGGUAUUUGGCAGUUUGGUGCAGACACUAAAGGAAAGAGAGUCCUCAAAGAGUGACCAAUGGAAGAGGAGAGACCAAAGUUCAACAUGGUGAGUUCUGUUUGAGAGGCCAGUAAAAUAUACAGGUAACAGUGACCAACAGGAAACUGGAUAUGGAAAUCUAUAACUUGAGAGCUGAGCCUGGAUAAAUAUGUGGGGGUCAUUAGCAAAUAGGUAUCAGUUCGAUCAAAAUUGGCGGUUUUACUCAGGUGAAGCAUCUAGUCUGAGAAGUGCAGCAUAUGGAAGACAUAAUCUAGGGUUAUGGCAACAUUUGUGUGGGUGGAAGAAGAGGUGCUAGGAAGAGAAGGAUCAGAAUAAUACAAGAGUAGCUGGAUGGAUAUAGUCUUAUGGAUUUUAUAGAAAAAGAGAGCUUCAAGAACUAAAGAAUGAGUCAUAGCAUCAAAUGUAGCAGAGGCUUAGCGAGAUCAGACUGAAAGCUUUCAUUGGAUUUAGCAAUUAUUAAGACUUGGUGACCCCCGGGAAAGCUGAGGAAUCAAUAGGAUGGCAGCAAGUAGAGAAAAUCUUCCUUGAAGAAGUGUAAAUCAGAGAUAGUAAUAUAAGAAAAUCGGGGAAAGGUGGAUAUUUGCCUCCUGGUUGUAAAAAAUGGGAUUCACUGGCGCACAUUACUAGGUUGAGAGGAACACAGAAAGAUCUAUUUUCUUUCAUAAAUAAGAUUCAAAGACAUUAUUGGUUAAUAAAAUCUGAAAACAUUUUAAAAACUCA